ACUGCUGGUGGUUUGCGGCUGGGUCGGCUUUUCCAUGGAUCGUUGGAAGUUCGUUGUAAAAUUAAUUUCAAAGAACAGUUUUUGAGCGGUUCGCGAACGGUUCGGCUCGCAUAUGCCAGUGGCGUAGCUGGGGGGGUGCGAAAGGGGCGGCCGCCCCGGGCAUCACAUUAAUUGGGGCAUCAUAAUGUGAUGCUCAAAACUAUAAAAAGAGUAGCCAAUGAUGCCCCCGGAGGCCGGAAUUGCCCGGGGAAUGAUUAUUUUUUUCAAAAAAUAAUCAGGGCUGAAUUUAAAAGCCGCAUGCAGUCGCACUAAUCGCAGGCGCAGGCCGGCAGGCGAUUGAGUCGGCCCCGUGCAACGUUUUGAGUCACUCACCCCACUAUUACCGACUUACCGACGCGACGUUCAUACGAAACUAACGAAUUAACAAUUAACGAAACGAUACGUUCAUCGAAGAGAACGAAUCCGCAACAAAUAAAUUGCUAAUUGCACUCUGUCUGUCACACAAGUUUUCGAAAUCGUCCACAUCAGCUAUAAUUAACAGUUUGUGUUUGUGAUUACUACGGGAGAUUGAAGAUUUCGUCGAUCAUUAUUCAGCUUAGUGCUUAGAAGGAAAAUAAAAAAUCUAACGGAGGAACGUCGUCGUCGUGCCACAUGCAAAGAAAUCAGAUGAAGCGACAACAACCGAGUGGUGCACAAAAUCGUGCGAAGAAGAGAGCUAGUGAAAAAGAAGCAAAGAAACAGGAAGGAUCUAUGUUAAAGUUCUUAAAUCUGAAUCAACCCACUAGUAGUUCAAACGCUGCCACUACAAGAGAGACUGAAACUGAGACCGAAAUUUCUGGUACUGAAGAUGCUGUUGAAUCCGGUUCUGAUCAUUCUGAAGAACUGAUUGCCGAAAGAGAUGUCCCUGAAUUUCAUCAAGUAAAUCCUGAAAACGUUGCUGAAACAGCCAACUCGUCUGACAGUUCAAUAGGAGAACAAGGUACUCCUGGUGACCCGAGUAUCGACGCUCAGGGUUCCCAACCCACUGAUGAGCGAAGCGAACAUGACUUGAUGGAUAUUGGCAAAUGGCCUUUGCGCAUUUCGGACAACUUUCGUAUGCAAGCAGUCGUCAUGGGUUCGAAACGAAUUCAGUACAUGGAUCACUCAUUCCAAGAAACUGAAACAGUUUAUAAGGAUGGUGAAACUGGUGAAAGACGGAAGCUGACUAAAACUUGGUUCUUCAAGAAGAUGCCAAAUGGGGAGAAAGUACCCAGGGAAUGGUUGUGUUAUUCUCCAUCCAAGAAAUCCGUAUACUGUUUCUGCUGUCGGCUUUUCCCUGGGCUUUCAUCCCUGGAAACUGCUUUUGCAUCUAAAAGUGGAUUCAGCGACUGGAAGAAACUUUCCCCACGUGUACCCAACCAUGAAUUGAACCCUGCUCAUCAACAAUCUCUCGUUCUGUGGAAACAACUGGAGCUGCGUCACCGAACUGGGACGACAAUCGACAGAAUUGCCGAAGAAGAGAUUCAGAAAGAGAAAGAAAAAUGGCGUAAUAUUCUUACUCGAGUACUUGACAUCAUACGGUUUUUGUCGAAACAAAACUUGGCCUUCCGAGGCCACCGAGAAACCGAUACUCCUGAUGUAGCGACGAAUAAGGGAAAUUUUAUAGAACUGGUGAGAUUGCUGUCGAAGUACGAUCCAGUUCUCAGAGAACAUAUGCUGAAGAUUGAUUUGAAAGCGGAGCGCACAAGUUACAUGUCGCCGCAAAUACAAAACGAGUUAAUUGGUUUACUGGGGGAUCAUGUGAGGAGCCGUAUAUUACAGCGAGUGAAAAAUGCCAAGUAUUUUUCAAUAAUUUUUGACAGUACGCCAGACAUUUCUCGAUUGGAUCAGACUUCCCAAGUACUUCGCUACGUUGUUGUGGAAGGUGACCAUGUGAGCGUUGAGGAGUCUUUUAUUGAAUUUAUCGACACGAAAGACAAACAUGCUGCUGAUAUCGCUUCUAUGAUUCUGGAGAAGCUCAAAUCGGAUGGACUGGAUAUAAUGAACUGCAGGGGUCAAGGCUACGAUAAUGCAGCGGUUAUGAAAGGCCAACAUUCGGGGGUACAAAAAAGAAUCAGCGAUGUCAAUCCUAAAGCGCAAUUUAUUGCCUGUUCGAACCACAGCUUGAACUUGGCAGGAAUACAUGCCGCUCAAGCCGAAGUUAAUUCCGUCACGUUUUUCGGCACGCUGGAUCGUCUGCAUUCUUUUUUCUCUUUAUCAACUCAUCGCUGGGAUGUGCUUUCAACAACUACUGGGACCAGUUUGAAACGAUUAGUUGACACUCGUUGGAGUUCUCGUGGCGAGGCAGUCAAGAUGGUCAAAAACAACUUCGAGAAGAUAUUGGAGUCUUUGGAGAUUCUAACUGGAAUAAACGAGAAUGCAGAUACAAGGGCUACAGCUGGAGGUUUGUUGGUAUCUCUUCAAUCGUUCACUUUUCUGACAUACCUGGGGUUUUGGGAGCCAGUACUAGCGGAAGUGAACGACGCUCAGAACUACAUGCAGCAACGGGGUUUGAGUUUGCGUGACUGCGCGUCCAAAAUGAAAGCAUUGAGUGACUUUCUCGAUUCCGCCAGAGAAAACGUUGCAGAUACCUCUCUGAGCUUCGCUGAAUCAUUGUGUACUAAACUAGGAAUCACAACGGAACCUCAGCGUCGAAUUCGUCAGAAGAAAAAAAUGCCUGGAGAAGAGGCUUCUGAUUCUGGUUUGUCCUACAAAAACGAACUUCGAAGGGAAAUCUGCGCGUCAGUUGAUAGGAUCAAACAAGAAAUAGCAACUCGCUUCGAACAACUUCAGGAUGUAGCUCAGAAGUUCGAGUUUCUCUCUCCAGCAAUAUUACUUGACGAAGAUCUCAGCAUCGAUCUCUCCAACGCUCCUGACGAUAUUGACCGAACUGAAUUCGUGAUCGAGAGAAAGCGAUUACAGACUUUCGUAACGGCAUCAAAUGAGAAAGAGAGUUUGAAACAUCUUGGACCUCUUGAACUUCUGACAUUCAUUCAUCAGCAUCGAUUGUCCGACUCCGUUCCGAACAUCAAUAUCAUGCUUCGUAUAUUUUUAACCAUGGGAGUCAGUGUAGCUACGUGCGAGCGAAGUUUCUCGAAACUGAAACUUAUCAAGAAUUACCUUCGGUCUACCAUGUCAAAUUUGAGAUUGAAUAGUCUUGCUAUAAUGUCUAUUGAACAUGAGCUGGUCGAUAAAAUUAAUUUCGAUACUAUCAUUGACGACUUCGCUAGUCGUAAAGCUCGCAGAGUGCAAUUGUGAUCGGAAUUGUGUCUUGUUAUACAUUAUCAAAUUGACAAAUUACAGUUUUAGACUAAUAAAGUUGUUUACAUUCGAACUUUGUUGUUUUUCGCGAACUUGGGGGCAUCAAAUUAGCUGUCCGCCCCGGGCAGUAAAUUCCCUAGCUACGCCACUGG